CGUGGCACAGCCCAAGCGAAAGGCAAGGCAGCAAAAAAAAAAAAAGGCGAGCGCAAAAAGCGGCUCCACCACUUCCUUGGGCAAUCGCGGCGGGGGCGGCAGCAGCAAGAGCAGCUCUCCAAAGAAGCCGGGGGGGUGGCGGCCGCCUAUAAAUUCCCAGCAGGAUUUUCCAUCCACCCCCCCUCCCUCCCUCCAAGAAAAAAAAUAAAAAUAAAAUAAUAAAACCCAACCAUGGGGCAAAACGACCUGAUGGGCAGCGCUGAAGAUUUUGCAGAUCAGUUCCUGCGGGUGACGAAACAGUACCUUCCUCACGUGGCCCGGCUCUGUCUGAUCAGCACCUUCUUGGAAGACGGGAUUCGCAUGUGGUUCCAGUGGAGUGAGCAAAGGGACUACAUCGACACCACAUGGAACUGCGGCUAUAUCCUGGCCUCCAUCUUUGUCUUCAUUAACCUCUUCGGGCAAUUAACCGGUUGCAUUCUUGUGCUGAGCAGGAAUUUUGUUCAAUAUGCCUGCUUUGGAUUAUUCGGAAUUAUUGCAUUACAGACAAUAGCAUACAGCAUUUUAUGGGACUUGAAGUUUUUGAUGAGAAAUCUUGCCCUAGGAGGGGGCUUACUACUGCUGUUGGCGGAGUCUCGGUCGGAAGGAAAAAGCAUGUUUGCCGGGGUACCAACCAUGAGGGAAAGCUCCCCGAAGCAAUACAUGCAGCUGGGAGGACGUGUGCUUCUAGUCCUUAUGUUUAUGACCCUCCUGCAUUUAGAUGUUAGUUUCUUUUCGAUCCUGCAGAACAUGGUGGGCACAGCGUUGAUCAUCCUGGUGGCCAUCGGGUUCAAAACUAAGCUGGCGGCCUUGACUUUGGUCAUCUGGCUCUUUGCCAUCAACCUGUAUUUCAACGCUUUCUGGACUGUCCCAACCUACAAGCCCAUGCACGACUUCCUGAAAUACGACUUCUUCCAAACCAUGUCGGUCAUCGGAGGCCUCCUUCUCGUAGUGGCCCUGGGUCCCGGCGGUGUCUCCAUGGACGAGAAGAAGAAGGAAUGGUAGAGAAGAACGAAGGAGGAGGAGGAGGAGGAGGGGAAAAAAGCAACACAGCAUCUCAGCAUCUGGGAACUGACUCUUAAAAAAGUUUUGGGAAUUAAAAACCAAACAAAACUGGCCUCUCUUUUUUUUUGGUUUUCUCUCCCUUUUUAAAGGCGCCAUCUCUUUCACGUUUCGUUUUUUUUUUUUAAAAAAAAGUUGUUUUCGUUCACGACUGCGCUGAUAAUCCGAUUCCUGUUGCUGGAUGAUUCUUCAUUCAAGAAAGUUUUGGGGUUUUUUUUCUUUCUCACGCACGCGGGGGCGGUUUUCCCCUCCUGUCAUCUCCUGAAAAAAUUGGAAUGGAGCAGCAGCUGGCUUGGCUGAGUCUCUGCCACGGUUAAAUUUCUUUUUUGACAACCGUUUUUGUUUCGUUGUUUUUGGGUUUUUUUAAAAAAAAAAAAAUUUAAAACUACUGUGAUCCGAUAAACCUUGCUGUGUA